AUGGAGCGCGCUAGAAAACGAGACAAAUUCAAAGGAUUCUUCAAGGACGUUUUCCGGGGCUCACCUGGAAAUUCCAAAUCUUCAUCGCCCUCGCCAUCCGUUCACAGGGAUUCCGCGAAUCUGAGGAUCCAACAAGCAUUCGGAGGUACCACUCAGACGGUUGACCCACCUACCACCUCUGCUGGGGACGAUUACCAUGGAUCGCCGGCUUCCGUCGAAGAGAUUUCGGGCCCGCCCUCUGGAGCUCCUGUUGCUUCUGGGAACAACGCGAAGGACAACGAUAGGUCAACCUGGCAAGACUCAACGGCCUUCAAAUCGGUCAAGGCAAUUGUGGACGGACUCAUAAUUGUAUCGGAAGCCUUUCCGCCCAUGCAAGCUGCAGCCUCCGUGUUGCAGAAGAUUUUGGAGAAUGUUAAUAUACUCAAGGACAAUGAAGAUCUGGCGAAGGAACUGGCAUCCAGGCUGGAUAUUGUUUGCCAAAUCUUCGCUGGGCGCCCGGAGAGCCUCGAUCCCGCUGUCAACGCUCGCUUGCAGAGCCUCGCGCUGACGCUGGAAGGAAAAACGAAGGCGCUCGAGGAGAAGAUUGCAAAGGCCGGGCGAAGUCUCAGCCUUGUAGGACGAUUUGUUUUUGCCAAGGACGACCAGGAGGAACUGGUGCAGGUUGUGAGGGAGAUCAAUUUGGCCAUUGAAGUUGCAGUGUUGGACGUCACUGUGGAUAAUAAUAGGCAGAUCCUUCGGGUGGUUCGGGAUAUUGGUUGGGUGGGGGAAAAGGUGGAAGAGGGUCUGCAAGGCUCGUCUCGGAUGAUGGAGGGGAUCGAUCUCUUGGUUCUGGAUGACAAGCUAGGGAAUGUGAAGGGCGCUGCUUUUGGGCAAGACGAACUUGGUCGACCAGGUUGCACGCCAGGGACACGCGUUGCACUACUUGCCGACCUCAUGGGUUGGGCGAAGAACGUCCAUUCGCCGCACCUGUUUUGGUUGAAUGGGGCCGCUGGGACGGGCAAGUCGACGAUAUCAGAGACCUUCUGCUCUCAGCUCGACAAGCGCCAGAUGUUGGGCGCGAGCUUCUUUUGCUCGAUCAAGGUCGACGACCGCAAGGACGCGCAACUCAUUAUCCCCACGCUCGCCAAGGCUAUGGCCAGAUCAAAUGCGCAGUUCCGUGAAGCGCUGGAUGCCGUUCUCAAAUCGUGCGACGACCCGACCAAGAUGAAGCUCGAAGACCAGUACCAGAAGCUCAUCCUCGAGCCAGCUGUGAGCGCAUUCAAAGGCGCGGGAACCACCGUCGUCGUCGUCAUCGACGCCUUGGACGAGUGCGGCAAGAAGAAAGCAACGGAGCUCCUCCUCAAGGCGAUCAUUUCCCAACGACCAUCCGUCCCUCUCAAGUUCUUCGUUACGAGCCGUCCCGAGGCUGCUAUCCGUCGCACAUUCGACGCCUCCUCCGUGCACGACCUUGUUCGACUCCACGACAUUGAGAAGAAUAUUGUGCGAGCUGACAUCUUCGCCUUCGUCGCCGAUAGCCUUUUCCGGAUCGACGUCAUUCGGGAUGAAUACGAAUCUGUCUGGCCACCUCUGGAGGUGCAGAAGAUUGCGGACCAAGCUGGAGACCUGUUCAUCGCCGCCGCCACCAUGGUCAAGUACAUCGACACUGAUGUCGGCAACCCCCUCAAGCGGUUCAAACGGCUGGCAAAUACGGACUACCAACCCCUCUCUUCCAUCGACGACUUGUAUGACCGUGUUCUCAACGAGGCAUUCAACGGCCUUGAGGAGGACGAGGCCGAUGUUACCCACCUCUGUCUCAUGCUGCUUGUUGCUGCCCUGCGACCACUUUCGGUGAACGACUACGCCCGUCUUUUGCCUGGUGAGCUCACACCGGAUGGGGUCCGUCAAGCUUUUGUAGCACUUCACUCUGUGGUUCGGAUGCCUUCCAAGGGCAAUGAUGACGGUGUUAUCUCCAUCUACCAUGCUUCGUUCGUCGACUACUUGACCUCGGAGAAGCAACGUGGACGACUGUGGGGUGUCGACACCACCACCGCACAUUCCAUCGUUGGGGAAGCCUGCAUUGAGCUCCUCCGUUCCCAGCUGUGUUUUGGCGUCUCGGGCGCAGCAACAUCAUACAAGAGCAACGACGAACAGCUGGUCCCAUUGGCGCUUCCGUCCGAACUGGCAUAUGCAGCCUCUGCAUGGGUCGACCAUGUCAGGCGCGCGGGUGUUCCUCCAUUACUGCAAGCAGCGAUGAAGACACUGUUGAAGGUGAAGUGGCUGUUCUGGUUGGAGGCCCUGGGUGUGGAGAAGCGAGUAGGGUAUGCUCAAUCUCUAUGGGAGGUAGCUGAGGAGCCCUCAGUUACAGAUGCAGACCUCAAGGCCUUGCUGAAGCAGAUUGCCAACUUUGCAUAUGCAUAUGCCACUCCCAUUAACCUCAGCACCCCACACCUCUACCUCUCCGCCAUCCCCUUUGCCUGUGCAUCCCAAUCAUUUCCGGCUCUGCCUAUCCCUGCCUUCCCAUGUGUUCCCACCAUCCAUCCCAGCCAGUAUCACCAGACCAGUCAGACAUUACUGACAAUACACAGCCAGCAUGGGGGGGUUUACUCUGUUGCAUAUUCUCCAGAUGGCCGUUCUGUUGCUGUAGGCUGUUCAGAUGGAGUUGUUGCAGUCUUCAAUGCAGAUACUGGUGAAUAUCUGCUACCACCCAUGCAGGGGCACACCAGCCCAGUCGCAUCAGUUGCCUUCUCUCCUGAUGGGUCCUGUAUUGCCUCUGGAUGUCAUGGCAACACGGUCCGCAUCUGGGAUGCUCACUCAGGGAAGGCCCUGUUUGAGCCCAUCCAAGGGCACACCAAAAAGGUCACAUCAGUUGCCUUCUCCCCUGAUGGGUCCCGCAUUGCCUCUGGAUCUCGUGACAAUACUGUCCGCAUCUGGAGUGCUCACUCAGGGGAGGCACUCCUUGAGCCCAUGAAAGGGCACACGGAUGGGGUCAGAUCAGUUGCCUUCUCCCCUGAUGGGACCCGCAUUGCCUCUGGAUCAGAGGACCAUACCAUCUGCAUCUGGGAUGCUUACUCAGGAAAGCUCCUUCUUGAUCCCAUGCAGGAACAUGCUGAAACUGUCACAUCAGUUGCCUUCUCCCCUGAUGGGUCCUGUAUUGCCAUUGCAUGGGGUGAUGACACCAUCCGCAUCUGGGAUGCUCACUCAGGGGAGGUUUUGUUUGAGCCCAUGCAGGGGCACACCGAAAGGAUCACAUCAAUUGCUUUCUCCCCAGAUGGGUCCCGUAUUGCCUCUGGAUCUCGUGACAACACCAUCCGCAUCUGGGAUGCUUUGUCAGGAGAAGCCCUCUUUGAGCCCAUGCACGGGCAUACUGAAACUGUCUCAUCAGUUGCUUUCUCUCCUGAUGGGUCUUACAUUGUCUCUGGAUCCUAUGACAAGACCAUCCGAAUCUGGGAUGCUCACUCCAGGAAGGCCCUCCUUCCGCUUAUGCAGUGGCACACUGAAGGGGUCACAUCGGUUGCUUUCUCCCCUGAUGGAUCUGGUAUUGCCUCUGGAUCAAGUGAUAAUACCAUCUGCAUCUGGGAUGCUUACUCAGGGAAGGCCCUGUUUGAGCCCAUCCAAGGGCACACCAAAAAGGUCACAUCAGUUGCCUUCUCCCCUGAUGGGUCCCGCAUUGCCUCUGGAUCUCGUGACAAUACUGUCCGCAUCUGGAGUGCUCACUCAGGGGAGGCACUCCUUGAGCCCAUGAAAGGGUACACAGAUGGGGUCAGAUCAGUUGCCUUCUCCCCUGAUGGGACCCGCAUUGCCUCUGGAUCAGAGGACCAUACCAUCUGCAUCUGGGAUGCUCACUCAGGGAAGCCCCUCCUUGAGCCUAUACAGAGGCACAAGGGCUGUGUCACAUCAGUUGCCUUCUCCCCUGAUGGGUCCCGCAUUGUCUCUGGAUCCUUUGAUGAGACUAUCCGCAUCCGGAAUGCUUACUCAGGGAAGGCCCUCCUCAAUCCCAUGUGGGCGCACACAAAUUAUGUCGCAUCAGUUGCCUUCUCUCCUGAUGGGUUUCGCAUUGUCUCUGGAUCCUAUGAUGCAACCAUCAACAUCUGGGAUGCUCACUCAGGGAACCUCCUCCUUGAGCUCAUGCAGAAACAUGCUGAACCCAUCACAUCAGUGGCCUUCUCCCCUGAUGGGACAUGUGUUGCCUCUGGAUCAGAUGACAGCACCAUCCGCAUCUGGGAUGCACACUCCGGGAAGGGCCUCCUUGAGCCCAUGGAGGGCCACACGAAUGGGGUCACAUCAGUUGCCUUCUCCCCUAAUGGGUCCUGCAUUGCAUCUGGAUCCCAUGAUAAAACUGUUCGGCUUUGGACAUUACACCCCUCUCCAACACCAUCUCUCACGUCUACCCAGAUUUUUGCAUACCAUUAUCCCUUCCCUAGCCUCCGGAUGGGAGAUGAUGGAUGGAUCCGAAACCAGUCUGGUGACCUGCUCCUAUGGGUUUUACCCAAGUAUCGUGGCAAGGGGCCUUUCCCGGGCCUGCAUAGAGUUAUUGGCUGUGUUCCUUACAUUGACAUUGAGCUUACCGAUGCUGUUUGGCAUGGUAAAAAUUGGAAGAAGUGA